ACUUCCGCGAUGACACGACCACGGUGAUUGUGAAUGGUAACUCUGCAUGAUCAGUGAUGGACGGUCCAGGUGUCAAAGCGAUCAUUUUUGACCUGGACAACACGCUCAUAGACACGAGUGGGGCCGGAGCUGAGGCGCUGCGACAGGUGAGACCCACGGAGGCUUUAACUCUUCAGGUGGACUUUAAAGUGGACUUUAAUGGACUCUUAGGGAGGUGGUGGGGACUGUCCUGGACAGGCCUUAACACCUGUCAGUGACUGUAAAGACCGGUUUACAAAAACUAUUUCACUCCUGUUCUCUGAACACAGAUCUUAAAUCUGAUUUUAUUCAUAGAGCUGAAUCUCUGCCCCACUCACCUGAGUAACUUUAGUCCUCUGUGGUUACUUCCACUUGUGGCCUCCACUUCUGUGUUGCCAGACGAGGUGAUUUAAAUGUAAUAGAAAAGUCCAAACUUACGGUGGCCGAGAACCGCCACUACUGCAAAUAAAAUAAGAGUGCAAAAAAAAAAAAAAAGAGAGAAAAUCACAACUGAAGUUACUGAUGAAAAAAAGAAAGAAAGUGAAGCCUGCUACAAAUAAAAAAGAAACGGUGCAGAUAAAGAAAAAACCAAAACGGAAGUUACUGAUGGAAAAAAAAAAAAAAAGUGGCGAUUGGAAAAAAAAAAAAUACUGUAAAAAAAAAGGAAUUGAGUUGGUGGGAACCAAUAAUGAUAAUGCACUGGUGUUUUACGAUCUAGGCACAGAAGAGGAAGGCGAAAAGACGAGUAAAGAAGUUAUUGGAAAGGUUAUUGUUUAAUUUUGCUUCGUGUAUUUUUCAAUGUGUCAUUUGGUCAGGCCAUGUUGCGCCUGAGUGGAUAUGAAGUUGAACUGAAGCUAACACUACACCUUCAUAUCGACCCAGGUGCUACAUGGCCUAACCAGAUGACACACUGAAAAGUUUACAAUGCGAAAUCAAACAAUAACCUUUCCACUUACUUCUUUGCUCGUCUUCUUGCCGUCCUCUUCUGUGCCUAGAUCGUAAAACACCAGUGCAUUAUCAUUAUUGGUCCCUGGCAGCUCACUUCAGUUGUGGCUUUUUUAAUUUGCAUCCUUUUAUUUUCGCAGUAAGUAACUUUUUUUUUUUUUUUUUUUUUUUUUUUUUUGCAUCACCACUUUUUUUUUGCGUCAUCAACUUUUGUUGUAGGGUUUUUUUGUUGUUGUUUUUUUUUAUCUGCAUUGUUAAUUUUUUUUAUUUGCAGCGGACUUCAGUUGUGGCGGUUCUUGACCACCGUACAAACUGGCCCGCCUACAGUGUCAACUUGUUACCUUUUUAAAACAUUAAGUGCAUCAUGGAACAAAAAGUUCAACUAAUAAGACUCCGGUCAGUCGAGAAACUAAGAUACAAAUGCAAAUUUUCAGUUUCAAUAUUUAAUAUGUUGUCUUAGCUCUAUUUCCAAUUAUGAUUUGAAACUCAUCAAGUUCUUUCUAAACUUUCUAAACUUUCUACAAAGCACUGCUUCAUGACACUUUCUCAAAUGUGAUAACUUUUGUUUGUACAUUUGAAGCUAAGAUGCAAUGUUCACUUCUCAUAUCAAGUUUUUGGCAUGUAGGCCUAUGCAGGAGAUUUGCUGGUCUUAUAAACCGCAAUGCUAUAACACAGGCCCUUGAAUCAAAUAAGCUGCUCCUCAAAGUCUCACAGCCUGUAGAUGUGGAUGUUAAGGUUGUGCUUCUGUUAUUCUGGGCCCUAUACUUGUUGUAAGGUUGACCUCUAGUGGUGUAUUGCUGAACUACAGGUUGUGAUUUUUUAAUGGGUACUCUGUUUGACUUUUCCAGACGAGUGAGUUUUUGAAGAGCGCGCUGGCCCUCGAUGACGCAACAGUCGGCAUCAUUUGUGAUAAAUUCAAACAGAAGCUGUACCAGGAGAUCUUCGAAUGUUCAGGCAGCAGAUCCAUCGAUGAGGUCCGAGUGGGUCACUGGGAGGAGAGCAUCCAGGAGGCUGUGGGCAGCUGUUCCUCCCCCUCUCUGCCAGCUGACUGUUACUACCUGUGGAAAAACAGCCGCCUGCAGACUCUGCGUCUGACCCCUGAAACCUGCGACCUCCUCAGACAGCUGCGGCUAAAGUACAAGCUGCUGCUGCUGACCAACGGGGAAACGCAGACCCAGAGAGAGAAGGUGGAGGCGGUCGGUUGUGAGGAUUUCUUCGAUGCCAUUGUGGUUGGUGGGGAUCACGCAGAGCAGAAACCAUACAUCUCCAUCUUUACUCUGUGUUUCGAUAUGCUGGGAGUGGAGGCCAAAGACUGCAUUAUGGUGGGAGACUCUCUGGACACAGACAUUCAGGGAGGAGUUAAUGCCGGAGUCAGGGCUACAGUCUGGAUCAGCAGAUCUGGAGCUGCACCAGAGGGUUCAGUGAAACCAGACUACAUCAUCCCCACAGUACUGGACCUGCCAGGUAUCCUGGAUCAACUGAAGUGAAGGGGGAAGUCUGUUGCUUUGAGUGGGAUUAUUUAAUGAAGAAUAUUUGAAAGAUUAACAUCAUAUUUAACUCUAAUAAGGGUGCUUUUUUACAUGUUUACGGAUCCUGUACUGACUGUAUGAUUUUGGGAACACUGGAGUUUUACUUGAGUAUUUGUGUCUCUGGUAUCUUAAAACUGAACUGACCAUGGUGACUGUAUUCUUGUAACAAUAUGGCUUUAUCACUACUUAAAAUUCAUAACAUUAGGACUGUUAUCUUGUACCUUUACAACUUGGUUUUCUUAUGACUUUUACUUCCAGUAAAAUGAUGACUUUGCUUUAUUCUCUUAUAAAAUUAAGGUUAAUGCAACUCCAAUCUUGGAAGAACAUGAAUUUACUACGGCUUUAUUUUUGUAUGAUACAAUUUUGAUAAUGAUGUGUCCCGGAUUUUUUCCCAUAAUGCACACUCAAUGUUUCAAAUUUGUCUGUUUUACUUCUGUAUCUCCAAGAGGACAAAAUUCCAAAGCAGUUUUGGAGUGGCGUGUUGGUACUAACACCAAAUGAUAGAAUCUAAUAUUUUAAAAACUAUUUUUAAUUUAAUUGAGUGAAGGAUUUUACAAGAAGAUUUUUACUCACCUUGAUAAUUAUACUGUAAAUCAAUUGUAUUUUGAUUUAAUAUGCAGAACUAUAAAGUACUUGUCCAAACAAAAUGAACGUGCUUUUUAGGAAGACCAGGUCAUACUUAAUUUAUCUCUUUGAUUGAACAUGCAACACACUCAAAGACUAAAUACACGUUUUAUAUCUUUUAAUCGUUUAUGGACAUGCAGAGAUUGCAGAGUAAGGGGCUGCACAUGGACAGGUAUCCCCAGAUGGUAUUCUUAAUGGAACCUUAGCUGUGCUGAAAAAGUGCACUGUUGUCUCUCCAGUGACCAGUCCAUACUUUGGUCCUCAGUGGGACUUGAACCCAUGACUCAGUUUUGCAAGUGAAAUCCCUCCAGACUGAGUCACUGCUCUGUGUUGCAAUUAAAGGCUUUCUUGAAGUUUUCUACAUUUUUUUUCUGUUAAAAAAUUGCUUUUGUAAUCUCAAAGAAGUCUAAAGUACUUUUUUUUUUUAACUACUGGACAGCACAUCAUCCAUCUAAUACUAACAUAUAUGAUGCUAGUAUCAGUUAAGGUGCUGCAAAUGUACCUCCAGCUUUGUACCAGCUCAAAUAAGAGCAAAUAGACCAAACUUCCUUACACUGUUUUUAAAUGCUUGUACACAGAAUAAACCAGAUGAUUGGGUGACUCAGCUACUUGUUCAUAGAUUGUGCAAUUUCAUUCUGAUAUAUGUUUCACCACUUCUUAAAUCAAGUAUCACAAGCAACGCAACACUUACCCAGAGUUACAGAAGUCCCACACUAACAGAAAUCUAAUCCCUCAUCUCAACAGUACUUUCUCUGUCUGUGUCACUUCAGGCUCAGUUAAAUUACAAAUCUUAAGGCUUCAAAACUGACCAUGAAGCCCAUCAAUAUGUUGAAAAUACCGAGCAUUUGAAUAACCCAGAAAGUCAAGCUAAGGCAGACUUGUCAUUAUUAUUAGUGGUAAUUCUGUCAUAGUGCAGGAACUGGACCAUAAAACCUGGGCAGUAUUGGUUUAUACAUGCAUUUCAAACUGUGGAGAUCUGAUACAGUACCACAGUUCAAGUCUGAGGAAAAUGUAGAGGAUCAGAGAGGCUAAAUUAUGACCCAGGAGGCAGUUCAUAUCCACUUUCCAAGAAAUGGAGCCCAGUCCUACAGAAAACCACCUCAGGGACUGUUAGCACUACUAUUGUAUUAAACUGUGUUCCUGUGUACUCACUUCUGAGUAAACAGUGAAGAGGACAGAUAACAUAAAGACUGUUGCGCUAGCUGUUACUUUGUUUUUAUAGUUUAUGAACACCAUUUAUUUAUCAUUAAUGAUGAUGAUCUAGCAGUCUAAGCACCACCCAAACAGCAUCUAUAGUUUUGUGGCAGUGGUUGCUGGUUUGACACCCAACCACGACCCUUUGCUGCAUGUCCUCCUUUAACCUCUGCUCCUAACAUUUCUGGUCACACUUCAGCUGUUCUGUCUAUUAAAGGGGGGGGACUAAAAAAAGUAACUUUAUAAACAAAUACAGAUUAUUUACUUUUAUUAUGGCGAUAAUAAUGAUGAUGGUAUAAGGAUAAUCUUUGUUACUGUCAUAAUUAUCAUUACCUUAUUAGAUUAAAUAAAGUUCUUAUUGACAUAAUUAUUGUUGUCAUUAUUAUUAUUAGUAGUAAUUCUGUCAUAUGGUUUAAUUGUGUUGAUUUGUUUGGCUGUAAAACAUAAAUAACAUUUAGGGGGAAAAUUCUCCUUGCAAACAGCCUCAGUGCAGUCCUUUAACAGUUAAUCAGCUGUGCCCCUGGAUGGAUAACUCUUAGCCUUUAUAUUGCCUUAUAGCUGUGAUAUGAAAGAAGUAAACCCCAAUAAAGUGUUAAUUCUCUCUUAAUAUACAGAUUAGUGUAAUAUACAUUCGUGUUGGCUACUCUGGAUAUAAUGAAAGUGUUUCUUUUUACAUAGUCACACACUGAAUACACUUUCCCUCUCUUUCUCCAGUGAGCAGUCAUUUUCACUUCUCCUGUUUUCUGGCAUUCCCCUCCCUCAGCCCUCCUAUAAUCAUCUAACACAUGAUGCCUUCAGGUGCUGUGACUAAACCCCGGUCCUCGUUAUAAAUGUCAUGGUUUUUUUUAUUUUUAUUCAAAGAUUUCAUUAAAUCCUGUGACCCCCAUGAUCUUUCCAUCAUCUCUGGGUCACUGCCGUAUUUAAAAUCAUAGAAGUAAAAUGAGGACAGAAAACGAAGCUAUUUAUAGCUCAUCAUCACGGCUCAAGCAUCAGGCUACAUUUUCAUCACAUCUAUUUUUAACAGCGCAUUGUUUUUUCCUGCAACGCUUUGAAAGGAUGGAAAAUAGUUCCCUCUUCAGGCAGCAGGUGGCGUCCUCAGAGAGCAAACUGUGACAUCCAUUGUGUUUCUGUUUCUCUGUUUCCAGCUGCUGUAAUGGCCAAAAGGCCUGCAGACCCCUAAAACAACAAACGUCCUCUCCAAACUCCCAACACAAAGACGAGUUGGACAAAGAGGUGGCAACUGUGGCUCAAAGUCAAUGAUGUGAGCUUCCAUUCGAUCAGAAACAAACAAGUCUGAAGCUGUGAGGAGGUAAAUGUCCAUCGCUGGUACACAUACAAUGUUAAUAAGGAUCAGGACACUGGAAUUUGUUGAGCUGUCGGUCCUGCUGUCCCAGUUUUUGCAGCUGCCUCAUGCUGGAUUGUUUUUGUUCGGGACAAUAUGAGUGUGUAUCUGCGUGUUUUUGUGGGUAUGGUUGCUGUUGCAGCCUGCAGGGCAGUUUAAGAGUUCCUCUGAAAGCAGACAGAGUUUGGAAAACCUGAUCAUACACAUCAAAUUAAUCACAUACUGCUGCAGACGGAUAACACUUUUUUGUGUCAAAGGUGUUCUAGUUUCCUUUCAAACUUGAGUGAAAACAAAAAAGUCUGUUUUGAAGCCUACAAGAGGCAAGACAAACAAAAUCCUGGAUCUGUUGACCCUGUUUUAUCUUGUUUUAUCGCCUGGCUUUCUUACUUUUCACCCAGCUGUGUCGUAUACUUGAUCUUGUUUGUUUGAAGCUCUUUGAAAACCAAUCCUUUGACCCCAAAGUGGAUCAUACAGUUAAAUAACCGUUAAAAGUAGUAACUGCGUGUCUAGUGUGCUGUUAAUGGUUCCCCUCAUUGAGUCCUUGUUAAGUGGUGCUUGCUGCUAAAAAUCAAUACUUAACUUCCAAUUGUUUCUUCAGUUAACAGCUGGGUAAUAACUGGAAUGAUAUAUAAUUAGCUGUUGGAUAUGUGAAAUACAAUCCUUUCAGGGAUAGACAAGACCCUGUUCAGAUUUUAUUUAAUAUCAUCACUACUUAAGUAAACUCUGUUCCUUAUCAAAAAAUAAUUCAAUAAUUUGAUUCAAAAAGUUACAAUGUGCUUAACUUUAAAAAGAGUUAAGAUGAAACUGGAAAAUAAAGCGGUUAAGAGCUCCUAUUUAUGAGAAGCAAUAAAACAAUAAACAAGGUUAAUAACAAUUCAAACAAAUCACUAAUAACAACAGAUAACAAAAUAAAUCAGAACUUCAAUUGUUAUUACUUUGUCACGAUGUGUUCUGUUUAUUAAGUUUUUCCCUGUGAUUUGUGUGUAUUUUCCCUCGUGUUUCUGUGCCAGUUUGUUCCUGUUCCCCUGUAGUCUUGUCUUGUGAGUUUUCAGUUUGUGUCUGACCCUGUUUCCCUCUUGUUCUCAGUGUUUUAUUUUGAAGUUGGUUAUUCCCUGUGUUUCUAGUCUUGCUCUACAACCUCAGUUUUCCCUCCUUAGUAAUUUGUCUGCACCUGUGUCUCUGUGUCUCACCUGCCUCUCGUUGCUCGUUUCCCAGUGUGUGCAUAUAUUGUCCUUGUCUUACUCUGUUUCGUUGUCAGUUCAUUGUAUGCCGAUGCCUCUGUGUGACUCCUGUGUCUCCAUGGGGUUUUUCCCCCCAGUGUCUUUGUGGAUUUUGGAUUUUUGGUUCAGUUGGAUUUUGCCUCUUGUGUUUUGUGUUUAGUUCAUUUUGAAUAAAUCAUUUUGGUUCUGCACUUGGGUCCUUCCCUGUUUUGUUUCACCCUGAAACGUGACAAACUUAAAAGCUAUAGACAAACAUAAAACAACGCCAAUGAUCAAGAGUGAGCCAAACAACAGAAGUGAGUUUUAAGAGGAGAACUCAAGUACUAAACACUUGAUUCUGAUUGGCUAAUACUCCAAAAACUGGCAACGUUUUUUUAUUUGUCAAUAAGGGUUGCCAGGGAUAAUCAGAUCACAUGUCAAAUUUAUGACAGGGGCAUGGCUCUUCUGCUGACCUGCGCUUAAUCACAUUUUAAUCAAUUUAUCCACAGAAAGGAGUCUGGCACAUUUUUCCACUGCCUGUUGACACUAUGGCUGUCAAAGUGUUUCUCUACACUGGCAUUCUCAAAGUUCAAAUUUUACCCUUAGUUUAUUUAGAGUGCACCAACUUUUUACCUUUUGUUGACCAGUUACCAGACAAGAAAAGAAAAGGAAGAAUACAGUCAGCAACAACAAACCAAGUUGAAAGAUACAAUGAGCUGAAUUUAAGAGACAUGAACCAAAUUGAAUAAAAUAGAGACAAACACAAAAUCUGAACACAGAGUGGGCUUUGCUUUCUCCAACUUUAUCAUAAAUUCAAAUGUUCAGUUUAAUGUGAUUUUACUGUUAACUAAACCUGUUGAGAUUAUUACUAAACUGACCUGGAAGUGGGCUGAUGAAAAAUAUAUAUAUCAUCACCAUAGGAGUUUUACCAGCCAUGUAGGUUUGCAUGAUGCUGGUAAGAUCUGGUGGAGGACGAGAGGUCACUUUGAAGUCUUAAUGUUCCCCUAACUGAAGUAAUACAAAGAUGCACACCCCUCAGCAUUUCCCAUUUAAUAACUGACUGCUCCCUUUCUUUUUUUUUGGAUGACAUCCAGAAAACUGGAAGGACCUCAGUAAAGAAAAGUCCUCUACGACAGGAGUGUAAACUGAUAAAGAGGAAGGGGUGAGAUGUCUUCAUGAGGCCACCACUUCCACCGUUCCCUCUGGUCUGUCCUGUUGCAUCAUUUUUAGCUCGACUCAGGUAAGUGUGUAUGUAUCUCCAUCAACAGCACCCUCUGACAGUCAGCUGGCUGUUUGUGCAGCUGCAGUCAGACCUCUAAAAAACAAGGAGAGCACAAACAGACCUCAGGAAAUGUACCAAGACCCAUCUGUCUGUUUGGGUGCUAGACAAGUUUAAGAUUCUCAGAGAUGAACAUGCAGGAUACUGGACUAUAGUUAAUAUUAUUAUUUAUCUGUAGAUAUGAACUCUUCAGAUUUAAUUAUCUCCACCUCAGUACGACUGCAGCACAUGUUCCAGGUAGAGAUAAGCUUAAAAUGCUCAGUCAAAUAUCUAGAGUUUUUGAAUUUGUAUUAUGAACUCUGUUUUUAUGAAUGCUGUAGUCUAAACAAUCAACAGGUUCAAAAGUUUUACAUAUUCAGUUGUAGACCACAUCAGCUGGCAGCUGCAAAACUGGCUUUAACAGCUUCAAAACAAUCCCCAAGGGCAAAUGUGCCUGAACAAAGCAUGUCCACCAAAAGUUCCAGUUUUUGUACAUGGAGGUCUCACAUUGUUUUAAAACCCGUCUGACAACAACACAGACUUUCCUGAGGGACUUUCAGUUUAAAGCUCCAAUAAGUAAUUUUUAACCUAGUUUUAAAACUGACUGAAAUUAAUACUUCUGUAUUUGUAUGAUCUACAAAGCAAAUCAAGACCAUCAGAACAGAGAUGAACUAUUUUUGUUUGGUUAUUUCUGAUGUCUGAAACCAUGGUUGGGGUUAGUGCUUCUUUUUAAGUGAGGUUGUGUAAGGCUCUUGUCAAUAGUUGGUAUUUUAUCCAACAGGGAUGCCAGUCGGCUCAGCCUCUUUGUUGAAAAACCAUACAGAAAGCCGCCACAACAGCUAGGCUCGCAGCUGCUGCAGACAAGGUCAUCACUGCUGUGUUAUUUAGCUGAUUUUAAGAAAGUUACACCAAAACACCAGUUAAAGUAUUGACGUAGAAUUUGUUUGUGCUUUACUUUGCUGGCAGAGCUGAUUUUGUCUUUUGUAGGUGUAAGUCUAGCUCAAAAGGUGCCAAGUUGACAAGCACUCUCUGUGAGUAAAACUAACUAUUGACGAGUAUCUCAUACAACUCUACCUCAAAAAUAUUGAAAUAUGUCUUUAAGAUCAAAUGUUGUGUAUGUGCAAAAACAAAAAACAAAACAAUAAACACACUGACUGCAUUAAUAAUAGACCAGCAACUCCUGUGUUCACCAGGGUAAAAUCACUGGUUUUGUGGUUUUGUCAACAGUGUGGUUGCUUAAAUGAGACUGAUGUAAGAGCUGUGUCUAGUUUCUGUUACUCUCUAACAAAAUGGUCUCUGUUUGCAGAGGUACUUUCAUACACUUGAAAAACUUUGAAGUCUGUCUUGAGUGACAUCAGGCCCCUGGAAUACUUUUGUUUGAUUUGUGUUUUUUGACCACUGGGUGGCAGUAUACCACCUCACGGUAGUUCAUGCACUGUCCAUGAUCAACUUUGCCCCAAAUCCUGUCACCUCUGUGCCAACUGAAUGGCCUGGUGAUGUGAGGAUAAAAUGAAAACGUCAAAAAUGAAAACAAAACAAAACAAAACAAAAAACUCGCUUUUUCUAUUCAUAUGGGUAAUUUCCUUAAAACACUGUGAGGGUCCUGGUCAGACCUCCUCUGUUUGACACCUGUGUGUGUGUGCUAACCUGGCUCUUCUCAGUGAAUUCACACACAGAGGUAUUAAUAACCCCGCCUGCCCACAGAGGCAUAAGAGGAGGCACAGGGUGGGCAUUUUUCUUUUAGGGGUGGGUAAGUGGGCGGAGGCUACCCCAGCUGUUCCCUCUUCUCCUCAACAGCGGAUGCCGAGAAUGGCUGAGGAUCUGUAGAUCUGGGUCAGGAAGGGAAGAAGGGAGGGGAGCUCAGUUACAGCCCAGCUGAAUUAUGCUUCCUGGAGGUGGUCAGAAACGAACACGUCAAAGCGAACGUGAAAUAGAGAUACACUCGAGGAAAGAGAUGCCAUGUCCAUGAAAGGUCACAGACUGCAGGAAGAAAGAGGGAUCAGUGAAUACUUAUUCAGGUGUGAUGGAGCGUAAGGAGACUAAGAGUCAGGACAGGUGACUGCUGCUCAGGUUAUCAGUGAAACACCUGACACACACACACACUCUCAACCACAAACACAAGUCUGUGAGAAAAUACAACUUCACUUUCUUUCUUCUAGUUUACUUUUGUUUUUUUUUUUACUUUUAGUUUUUCUUUCAUGGUUUUUCUCAAUGUUUUUCUUCUUUUUCAUUCUUUUCCUCUCUGUAUUAUUUCUUUAGUUUUUUCUUUUCUAUAUUCUUGUAUUCUUUGGUCGUUCUUCUCAUUUUUCUUUUUUUCUUUUUUAUUCACAUUUUGGUGGACUUUCUUUUACAUCUCUCCUUGUUUUUCUCUCUCUCAAACCUGCAUCCUCAUCCCUCUUUUAUAAUUUCUAUAAAUGCCUGUAUCGUUUUUCCACUCUCCUGCUUUCCACUCUGUUCUCUCUCUCAUGUCUGCCCUUUCUCAUUUCCUUUUACAACCUUCAACCUUCUCUCAUUUUUUUUCUUUUUUUGUUUUAUCGUUCUCUCUUUUUUGGUCUUUCCAUCUCCUUUUUGCUUUUUUUUUCAUUUCCUGUCAUUAUCUUUAUUUUCUUUCUUUUCUAUUUCUGUAUACUGUUUUUUAUUGCUAUUGUUUAUCUUUUUAUUUUGAGUUAUUCCUUAAUGUUUUAAAUUUCAUUCUACCCCUUUUAAACUUUUAUUUCACUCUCUUUAUUUAACUCUUUUUCCAUCUUGUUUCCUUCAAUCUUUUAAGUUCUUUAACUAGUAUUUUCUCUCUUUUCUGUGUUGGUGCACUUUUAAUAUUUACUUUUCAUUUGCAUUCUUUCUUCCUUUUUUUCUCCUUUAUUUUAUAUAUAUCUUUUUCUCUUUUAAAUUGCUCUUUUUUGUCAUUUAUUUACUACCCUUCCUGGUCUUCUUUCCUCUUCUAUCUCUCUCUCUUUUUUACCUUUCCAGAAGUUACGGGCACGUAUUUCUUGGUGGACCUGCGUCUGGAGUGUUGCCUGUUUCUGAACGUAGGCAGCAGUGAGAGCCUCUCAGCAGCGUCCUGUCUGGUUGCAUCAGGACUGACAGGUUUCUGGAUUGCGUCAGGCGAGUGUUUCAGCUUUCAGUGGUGAAGCGUCAUCAUAACCUUUAAUGUAAGACCCGUGUGUUAACAGGGAUUAACUGCAGGCUCAGCUUUCACAGCACCAACCUUCGCCAAAGAUGUCUGAGCGGAAAUGGCUG